AUGCGCCUCUCUUCCCCGAUCCUUACACACUAUCGACAGGCUCUCUUGCUCAUUGGGUGGUUCGUCAUUUCCUUGAUCCUCUUAAGCUCAUUGCUACGCGAUGCAUCCUUCAACACCGUUCUGGAACCUACGCCUUAUCGUUUGGACCUGACAUUGUGGCCUUCCAACGCAUCAAAUGGUGUAGUAGUGGAACGAUUGACGUUUGACAAUGACUGGAAACCAGUGACAGCCGUCAUUCACCAAGUCUCUUCCAACGAGAGCGAUAUCAGACAUCGAGUGCAUGAAUUGCUCGAGUAUCCAUUUAUUCAGCAAGUGCUUAUCCACAGGGGCGAUGCUACUCUCACAACCAAGUUGACAGUGGAGCAACUGAAUCUGGAUCCUUUGCAGCAAGCGCGGGUUGAGAUUUUUGAACCAGGAAGCAGCAGUGAACCCUUUGGCACCUUUGCACGCUUCAUGACAUGUGCUAUGGCAUCCUAUGAUGUUUGUUACUUUCAAGAUGAUACUUGGUCCCAUCAUGCCAUGGAUAGCUUGUACACCAACAUGGCUCGAUUUCCAAACUUGAUCCAUGCCAUCUCGCCACCUUCUCUUUACCUUGAUCAGUUGCGAUGGAGAUUUAGUAACCCAGAGAUUAGCAUGCAUGCUGGAUUUGUGGAUAUGCAGUACGGUGCAUUUGUACCACGUUGGAAAUGCCAAACCUUUUUGACACAGUUGGGCAAAUCGGGCUUUGGGAAGGAUCAAAUUCGUCUUGCAGACACCUUAUUUUCAUUGUGGACAAACCAGUACCCCUGGAUCUUGGCUGGUCCAAUUUACGGGCAUCAAGCAUUGAAUAACACCACCACAUGGCCUCUACCCCCUUUUGCAACUAUGUCCAAAGGCAUUAGACGAUUGCAGCAAGUAUUGGAAGCCGAUACAUCGGAUACACCUAAGGAUUAUUUUGAACGUGUGGAAGAAGUACCUCGUUUGGAUGAGCGUGAUGUCAGAGCUGCAUGCGACAAUGACCAAUGCUUGUUUACUACCAACAUGGAACCAAUUCCUGCACCAACGGAGCUGAUAUACAACCGACACGAUAUCAGGAGCAUGCAACACUGGGAAGAGAUGUACAAUGAACUUGGAAACUCGAAUGACUUUUUCGAUGAGCAUCCCUAUCAUUUCGCUGUGGAUAAGGAUCCCAAUACAUGUUGGAAUACAUUUCAUUAUCCAACAACAAAUGAUUAUUUUGGAUUGAUCUUUAUCGGUGGUGAUCAGCAUCCUGAGCAAUUCACAAUGUACACCAACAAUGAGGUGGAUCAUCCAGAGAAGCAAUUCAAGAUAGCUGUCACCAGUGAUGGCGUGGAAUGGAUUGAUUGUGACACUGCUGAUCCAACUUUAUGGGACGUAACAACAUCACAACAGGUGCAGGUUCGCCUGAAAUGUACCAAGGACAACGACAAUGAUGAGGAACCAGCCGUAAGAGCUCUUCGCAUUACAUUCCUGGAGAAUAUGGAGGAGUCUUUCACUGUCUGUGGCAUGGAUAUGGGUACCUUGGCGCUAUAG